AUGGAGAACACAAAAACGCACAACACCGGGAAGUGGAAACACCAUUUUCAAUCUCCAAAUCAAGGUUUAAACGAGGGACAAUGGGAUUCCCGUUAUGUCAUUCGAGUCUCACGGGAGAGGAGGCGAAAAGUUGAAAAGGGUGGUAACAAUGAGAGGGAUCGUCGUGCGCGUCAUGAUUUGGAGGAAGAAGAUGAUAGGGGGUUUGCCAGGAAAUUGGAGAGGGAUAGGAGGCAUAGAGUUGAAAAGGAUGGGGACAAUGAGAGGAACCAUAGGGAAAAGGAUGCGAACAAGCGGCAAGAAGAAAGUAGGAAGAGAGAGGAUGGAAAUGGAAGAAUGGUUGAAGAUGCAAAUGCUCGACGACAGACAACAGUCCUGAAUGGUGAUGCGUCUAAUUUGGGAAAGAGAGGAGGUGGUUACAUUCCCCCAUUUAAGAUGGCAAUGAUGAUGAAAGAAGUUCAGGAUAAAAGUAGUGUAGAGUAUCAAAGGUUAACAUGGGAUGCUUUGAGAAAGAGCAUAAAUGGGCUUGUAAAUAAGGUUAAUGCAACUAAUAUAAAAAAUAUAAUUCCGGAAUUGUUUUCGGAAAACUUGAUCAGGGGAAGGGGACUCUUUUGUCGGUCAUGUAUGAAGUCACAGAUGGCAUCUCCAGGAUUUACGGAUGUUUUCGCUGCCUUGGUUGCUGUCGUUAAUACCAAGUUUCCUGAGGUGGGGGAUCUUUUGCUAAGAAGGAUUGUUUUGCAGCUUAAGAGAGCUUAUAAGCGGAAUGACAAGCCUCAAUUACUAGCAGCUGUUAAAUUUAUAGCGCAUCUGGUGAAUCAGCAAGUGGCUCACGAGAUCAUUGCUCUAGAGUUACUCACAGUUUUACUCGAGAAACCUACUGAUGACAGUGUUGAAGUAGCUGUUGGUUUUGUCACAGAAUGCGGUUCAAUACUGCAGGAUCUCUCACCUAAAGGUCUUCAUGGUAUCUUUGAGCGUUUUCGUGGAAUUCUACAUGAAGGAGAAAUUGACAAACGUGUUCAGUUUCUUAUUGAAGGCUUAUUUGCAAUAAGAAAAGCCAAGUUUCAGGGCUAUCCUGCUGUUCGUCCUGAACUAGAUCUUGUAGAGCAGGAAGAUCAGUUAACUCAUGAAGUCUCCUUGGAUGAGGAGAUAGAUCCAGAGAUUUCCCUUGAUAUAUUCAAGCCAGACCCCAAUUUUCUGGAGAAUGAGAAGCGUUACGAGGAGUUGAAGAAAUCAAUGCUGGGUGAGGAUGAGGAAUCUGAGGAUGAUGAGGAAGGCUUGGAUGGUGAGUCAGAUGAUGACGACGAUGAUGAUGAUGAAGAUGAUGAAGAGGAAGAAGAAAAGAUGCAAAUUAAAGAUGAAACAGAGACAAAUCUUGUCAAUCUUCGAAGGACAAUAUACUUAACAAUUAUGUCUAGUGUUGAUUUUGAGGAAGCUGGUCACAAGCUGCUGAAAAUUAAGCUAGAGCCAGGUCAAGAGAUGGAAUUGUGCAUUAUGCUUUUGGAAUGUUGCAGCCAAGAGAGAACUUAUCUCCGAUAUUAUGGUCUUCUGGGGCAGCGUUUCUGCUUGAUCAACAAAGUACAUCAAGAAAAUUUUGAGAAGUGCUUUGUGCAGCAGUACUCAAUGAUUCACCGACUGGAAACGAAUAAACUGCGAAAUGUGGCAAAGUUCUUUGCUCAUUUACUUGGCACAGAUGCACUACCUUGGCAUGUUUUAUCAUAUAUACGCUUGACUGAAGAGGACACAACUUCAUCUUCACGUAUAUUUAUUAAGAUUCUCUUCCAGGAAUUAUCAGAACAUCUUGGAAUUCGGCUGCUAAAUGAGCGGUUAAAUGAUUCAACAAUGCAAGAGUCUUUUGAAUCCAUAUUUCCAAAAGACAAUCCAAAAAACACAAGGUUUUGCAUUAACUUCUUUACAUCUAUUGGUCUUGGUGGUCUUACUGAGAACCUACGCGAGUAUUUGAAGAAUAUGCCGCGGCUAAUCAUGCAACAACAGAAACAAGUUUCGGAAUCUGAAUCAGAUGAAGAGUCAGGGAGUUCUGAUUCAUCAGAUUCAGGAACAGCCAGUUCAGAGUCAGACUCGGCAAGUUCUGAUGAAAGUGACAGUGGGAGUGGCAGAAAACGAAGAAAGCGGAGGAGAAAGUGAAGCAAUUUUAUGCUAUUGUUGAGGAUACUUGCAUCACAAAACUGUUAUUGAAUUUCCAUGGUUUCUCAAUCUUUAAAUCACAAAACUAACUAGCCUUUUUUAUGUAUUGUGAAAGGAAUUAGUGGGUUCUGCUGGUUGAGAUGUUGAGAUUGUUUCAUGGAUUUGUUUAAUUUUGUUCUUAAGUUUGUAUUUUCGUUAAACUAUGGCCUUGACUAUUUUAAAAUGUAACUUUAUCUAAACAUCUGUAACAUUCAGGAGGCAUAGGUGGAGUUAAUAUUCUUUGGAAGGGUGUACUAUUGGUGUUCAUAUAGAUGACUUUUGUUUUAAUUUUUGAUUUCUCGGUUUUAAUGAACUCCUUCCUGAGUGGUUUUGUAGAA